UUAGGAUGGCGGGUCGCACUCGGAUUUCACAAAGGGGGUAGAGUCGGGAGGCGGUGUGUGGUAGAUGGCUUUUGCAAGGGAUAUGGGCAUUAUGCAGAGUGCCUUAGAUUGAAGAAAUUGCAUUGCGGCCCCAACGUUUUCUUCCAUGAGUUUAGCCACUUGUCUUUCCGUGCCAUCGUUGGACCACUUUUCCCAGGCAGGCUGAGCUCGAUUACCGUCAGCUCCUUCUUCCUUCUCGAAGGUUAUUGGGAUGUCGGUUACGAGUGGAGCCACAGCACCAGCUCCUCCCAAUCGACUCAUGCUCAGUACCUA